CUUCCGGUUCCUGACCGAAGGGGCGGAAGCGGGGUGAGACGCUAAGUCCGUCGUCGACGUUAGUCGCUGUCUCCGCUGCUGACGGUACUAGCUCUGAGGUUGGCUGUGCUUCUCCCCGCCUCCCCGUCCCCGCAUCGCUGCCAGCGCAGAUCCCGGGGCGAAGGGGACCGCUGCGGCGCCGGCGGGGUCCCGCUGCAGGCCGCCCUCGGCCGCCCGGCGCCCGUAAGGAGAGGCCCCGCCCUCGGCCGGGUUCGCCACCGCCUCCCCGAGGGGGCGGGGCUCGGGGCGGGGCUCGGGGCGGGGCUCGGGGCGGGGCGAGGCUCGGGGGCGGCGCGGGCAGCUCCUCGAGCUGGCCACUGCCUACGUUCUAUCCUCAUUUCCCUAUGCUAAGACCCCGGGACAGAAAGUGGAAAAAAGAAAAGUAGGCACGCCGUGACGUGCCUCAGUGGAACUCACAGAUGGGUAGUGGGGAGAGAAAGUCACUACAUCAAAUGAGAUCACAAUUUGGAGGGACCCUUGAAGGAGCAUUGUGUGUAUGUAGUGACCCCUGGGGAAGGGGACGCUCGAGCUGAGGGUUGAAUUGCGGACAGUGUGCCUGCAAGGAGAUAGGGUGCACAGGCCCGUGGUAGGGGAACUCUGGUCCGGAAGAACGCAAGAGAAACAACCAAGUCUACGAAGUUGAAAUCUCAGACCUCAAGUUUUGUUAUGAGUUGCUAAAAUCAUGGUGAAAUGUUGCUCGGCCAUUGGAUGUGCUUCUCGCUGUUUGCCAAAUUCCAAGUUAAAAGGACUGACAUUUCAUGUAUUCCCCACAGAUGAAAAUAUCAAACGAAAAUGGGUAUUAGCAAUGAAAAGACUGGAUGUGAAUGCUGCAGGCAUUUGGGAGCCUAAAAAAGGAGAUGUGCUGUGUUCAAGGCACUUUAAGAAGACAGAUUUUGACAGAAGUGCUCCAAAUACCAAACUGAAACCAGGAGUCAUCCCUUCAGUCUUUGAGUCCCCCUGUCACUCACAGGAGAAAAAAGAAAAACUUCAUUGUAGGAAAAACUUCAUUCUCAAAACCCUUCCAGUCACCAACCAUGGUCACCAGCUUGUUGAUGCUUCAUGUAUUGAAGAAUUCCAAUCUCAGUUCAUUUUUGAACAUAGCUAUAGUGUUGUGGACAGUCCAAAGAAACUUAAGCAUAAAUUAGAUCAUGUGAUCAUCGAGCUAGAGAAUACCAAGGAGAGUCUACAGAAUGUUUUGGACCGAGAAAAACACUUUCAGAUAUCACUGAAGAAGACCAUCAGGGAACUGAAGGACGAAUGUCUGAUCAGCCAAGAAACAGCCAGGAGACUGGAUGCUUUCUGUUGGGGGUACUGUCAUGAAAACACAGACUGAGACUGGAUUUUGUGAAGAUUUCUUAUAUAUUUCAUCUGCAGUUGACAUUGAUGAUGCUCCUUAGUAGAUCCUCACACACCAUCACUAAAUCCUGUCAUCACUGACAGCACUUCAGAUACCCGGCAGCAUUAUGCAUUAUCCCUGCUAGCCAAAAACACAUUGAAGAUGUGCAGACAUGUGUUGUGGUUAUGCUUUUGUGUGACUGGUGACAAUUAUGUUUUUACAGUGCCGGGUCACUAUUGUAAGAUGGUAAGAUCUCAAAAAAGUAAGGAAAUAGAUCAAGUUGGAUACAUUAGUUAUAGCAAUUAGAACAUCAGAAUUUUGUUUACAACACACAUUCAUCUUUCAUUCAACCCAAGGUGCUUUAGUUAUUGAUCAUACUAAAGAAUACUUUUUAAUGCACUCUGUAGCACUGACUCUGAGAAUAGCCCACGGAAAAGAUUUAUUGGCUUUGAAGUUAAGAGCCAAUUGGAGACGACUCCUGACAGGAUGUCAGUUUUUCGGUACAGUACUUCUUCAUUCCUCCUCACAGGGACUAGUCAGAAUAGCUUCAAACCCCAAAGACUGAAAGUGCAGAAGUUUGACUCCAGGUGAGCAGUUGGUACUCCCCGAGAAUGCAACUUUCCAGCUGUGUUCACUCAGCUCUCCCAUGCACAGGGUUGCUUCCAGCUGAAGGUUUGCAGUGCUCUGUUCGUUGGGUAAGAAGGUUCUACUGCUGACACUUUCAAAGCUGUGAGACCUAAAGAAAGCUGUUGCAAAUGGGUGGAUCUUGCAGUGGAAAAAGAAACGGACUUGAUGACUGCCCAGUGGCAGUGAUUACUCAGAAAUGAACAUACAAAAGAGCUGUUUAGGAACUUGUUACCAAAUGUACAAAAGAAGAGCCUUAGCCAUUUACUGAUGGAGCCCAAUGUGAGAAAUUUUGCUUCUCCCCUGAUUUCUUACUAAAAAGACUAAAAUUAAGUAUCAUAAAUAGGGGCUGGAGAGAUGGCUCAGAGAUUAAGAGCACUGCUUGUUCUU